ACCGCACCGCUAUCGCACUGGUGGACGGCGAACGAGGACUCAAACCGGCCGACUUUUAUUCGCAAACUCUCCGUCGGAGGGGCGAGGGCUUGUUUUCGCACUUUUCCUAGCAGCUCCAGGUGUGUACGUUGUUGUUAAACCUACCAAGCGGCAGGCAAGCACACACCAGCCCUCUCUCGCAAGCGCGCACGCACUCCCAUCCCGGAGGAAGCUCGGAUCAUCAAGUGGCUCUUAUGACAUCCGGCAGGGAAAACACCAUGGGGGAACAGCCUAUUUUUACGUGCAAGGCACAUGUUUUUCAUAUUGAUCCAAAAACUAAACGUUCCUGGGUCUCUGCGUCAACGGCAGCAGUUUCAGUAUCAUUUUUUUACGAUUCAACUCGUAGUCUCUACAGAAUAAUUUCUGUGGAAGGCAGUAAGGCUGUUAUAAAUAGUACCAUCACUCCUCUUAUGUCCUUCACCAAAACAUCACAAAAGUUUGGCCAAUGGUCUGAUGUCAGAGCAAAUACAGUUUAUGGCUUGGGCUUUUCCUCAGAAAACGAAUUACAAAAGUUUAUUGAAAAAUUCAAUGAAGUCAAAGAAGCAACAAAAUUAGCUAAUGCCAAAGCACAGACAAACAGUUCUUCUGUUACUCCCGCGACAAGUGCUAAUGUCAGUCCAAUCACUUCACGAUCAGGAAUGCCUUCAUCGGAGCAGGAUCUUAUUGAUCCUCCAAACUCAAACAUGAUAAACUCCAAUAUUUCCGCUUCAAAUAAUCCAAAUCCCAAUGCUAACAUGAUUUCAGCACAAAAUAGCAUUUCCUCAAUCAGCAGUAGUCCUCUUCCAGGUGCAGGCAUGAAAGAAGAUGAUUAUAAAACCAUACUUCACUCGAGAUCUCAAAGUAUUUCGCAACAAAGUACUACAGACAGUCCUCAGCAUCAAGGAAAAACCCAACAAAUGAAUGCUAAUGCCACUAGUGGUAACCAAAAUAAUGAAGCCCAGUUGAAGUAUGAAAAUGAUAGGCUUAAACUAGCACUUGCUCAGAGUUCAGCUAAUGCCAAAAAAUGGGAGAUUGAAUUGACAACUUUGAAAACCAAUAAUGCUAGAUUGACAAGUGCACUUCAAGAAUCUACAGCAAAUGUUGACGAAUGGAAGAGACAACUUCAACUUUAUAAAGAAGAAAAUGCUAGGAUAAAAGCAAAGUAUGCUGACUUGGAGGCAGGAAAAAUUGCGGAGGGAAACUGUGAAGCCUUAAGGUUGAGAGUGGAAGCUCUUGAAAAUGAAUUAAGAACGAGAAAUGAAGAAAUCAAAGCUUUCACAAUAGCAUCGAAAAAUAAAGACUUUGCGGUUUUACAAAAAGAAAAUUCCGAUCUCCGGGAAAUGUUAAACGUUGUUCACGAACAAUUAGAAAUAUCGAUGAGCACUAACAAAGUACAGAAGCAAAACUUGGAGACGUUAAAUUCACGACUGGCAGGAUACAUACAAGAUUUGGUUACGGUGCAUCGAGAAAUCACCAACACAUUGCAAACUUAAGAAAGCCUUAGGUAAAUGUAUACAACUCUUACCAGUUAAACAUACUGCACAAGUUUAAAGCGCGAUAGCCAUUCGUGUGAGACAAAUCAUGUUUAAGAAUACCUAUUGUUGUUAUACUUGAAAAACUCUUACAUGCAGCUGCCAUACAUUUUUUAUAUUAUUUUACAAGUCAUUAAUACUACCUAGAUCCUUAAGUUUUUUAAGUGUAAAUUGAUACAAUUACAUAGAGGAUCUCUUAUUUUAUGUCAUUGACUUUCAUAAAAAAUGCGAUUUUAUUUUUAUUUUUAAGGAUUUUACAUGCUCGGUUGUUUUCAAUCCCCGUUUCAACUUACUAAAAAAUUUAAACAUAUCACGCGCGUUAUUUUUAUAAAGCAAAAAGCAUCAGUAGGUAUUUUUUGGUCUUUGUACGUUUUAAUUUAUUUCCAAAGUGCAACAAUUGCAAAAAACUAAA